UCUAAACCAGUCCAUUACCAUGUCAUACCACCAACCCUUGGAACUUCCUGUGAAAAUGGCAAUCUGGGAAAUCAAACGAGGUAGAAAAAUCUUUGCAUUGGCAGAAUAUAAUGGAGGUCAGCUUGAAAUACACAAUGAGCAGUUUAUGGACCGGUUACAAGCGUCCGACAGCGGAGCAUCAUUAAGAAUUAGCAGUCUGAGAAUGGAGGACACUGAUGUCUUCAAAGCUGAAAUCAUUCUGACCAAUUUACAGAUACAAACGGUGUAUUUUAAUCUCACCGUGCAUGAGCCAGUUCCUGCGCCAACCAUAAGCGCUUAUACGGGGAGAUACAGCGAGGGUCCGUGUGAAUUUACUCUGAAUUGUUCUGUCCCAACAAACACGUCACUCAUAUGGUUCAGCUGGAUGUACAGAGAAGGGGAUUCUGGGUACCGGCACCAUGCAAAUGGCAGCUCUAUCAGCAUCACGUUACAGAAUUUGGCAGAGACAACUGAAUUCCUUUGUUUGGCCCAAAAUCCUGCGGAUAUAAAAAAUGCCUCUUUCAAUUCGCAGCAAAUCUGCCAAAACUUGAAGUCAUCGGCCA